AUGGGCAUGCUUUCUCAGACAGUAAAGAAAAUCCAGAGGACAGUUGUGGAGGCACCCGCCAGGCUGCUCCAUUCCUCCUACUCCUUAGAGAAGACACUGCAUUGCAGCUGUUCCUUCCACGGGACCUCCACACCCUCAGUGCAGUGGUGGAUGGGAGGUGUCCCUGUGGGUGUGAAUGGCAUGGGUGACAGCCUCCAGGUGACUUCUAUACUUGGCCCCUGGGCCAACAGCAUCAUCAGCCUGACUGAGGAGCCAGAAAUAGACACAAGACUCCUCUGUGAAAGGAAGAACCAAACAGGGUUUUGCCAAACUUCUCACAUGCUACUUCCAAGAAAGAGGUCUUUGGUUUCCUGGGCCUUCAUGAAAGGGCUGCUCCAAGGUGUUUUCUAAGGAGCCACUGCAGUUUCCCUGAUCUUCCUCUGCCUCCUCCCCUUCAUAGUGAAACAUAUCAGAAAGAAGCAGGCAAAGAAAACUUCAGCAAUCAAAGCAAAAAAGAGCUCUAAAGUCAGAGCAAGCCAACAACCCAAGAUAUCUCUGAAGCCUAAGGCACCAGGAAAAUUCAUAAUCUCCCCGUCUUCUGAGACCUGGCUGUUGGAAAAACAAGAUAAACCAACCAACUAA